AUGAAUAAUACUAGAGUGUUUAAAUUUUGUUUGAAAGCAUUUAUAGAAAGAGUAGUGAUAGCAAUUAAUUUUCCUUGCAAAUUAUAAGUAGCUUGGAAGAGAGGUAAUUAAAAAUUAGAAACAAAGUAAUCGGAUUUGAAUGUUAAUGUUGCUAAUUUUAAUGAGGAAUUAGAAAUGAAUUCAAAUUUAUAUUUUGAGGAUAAUCGAUUCAAAGAAAAGAAAUGCGCAUUUACAGUUACACUUCUGUCUCAAAAAGGUAAUAAAGUAGCAGGAUAAAUUUCAUUGGAUAUUUCUACAUAUUUGAAUAGAAAAGUGGAAAACAUUAGAGAAGAACUGAAAUUAGAUAAAUGUCCUGAUAAGCAUGCUAAAAUACAUGUUAGAUUUUAAUUUAUUUGUAUAGAAGAAUUGGAUAUAGAUUAAUUAAGUAGAAUUUCUUAUGCUUCUAAUGUUGAUCAAGAAGAUCAAUAAAAUACUAUUUAAAAUUCAACUUCUUAAUAAAUAGAGGUUCAAUAAGGAAAUAAUAAUAAUUAAUAAGUAGCUUAAUAAAAUUAUUAUUAACAAUAGGCUAUAUAUACAGAAUAAGAUUUAGAUGAAAUAAGAACAUUAUUAAGUUAGGAAAUGAAAAAAGUGUAAUAAAAAGAUAAUUAGAUAUCAUAAUUAGAGCAGAGUCUUGAAACAAAAUAAGAAUAGUUGACAGAUACAAAAUAAUAAUUAGAAGCUACAAAAUAGAAAUUGUAUGAAACAUUAGACAAAUUAUAAAAUUUUGAAGAAUCUGUUCUGAAUUAAGAUGAGUAAAGAAAGAAUUCAGAAAAUAAAAUAAAAUAUUUAGAACUUUAAAAUAAAUCAUUACAAUAAAAGAUUAUUGAAUUGACUGAAUAAUUAAAAUUAAAUCAAUAAUUAGUAGUUUAAUCUGAUUAAAAGUUAUCAAAUGCUCUUGGUUAAAUGUAGGUUAUGAAGUAAAGAAUAAAUUAAUAUGAAGAAUUAGAAUUAUAGGAAUAAAAUAGAAAAUCAACUGGAAAUAGUAAAGACAUGGAAUUGAUGUAAAAAAAAAUAAAUGAUUUAGAAAAAUAAAUUUAAAGAGAAUAAAAAAAGUAAGAAUAAGAUUAUGCAUUAUAUUAAAUACAAUUAAAAAAUGUAUAGGCUUAAUUAAGUGAUAAGACAGAGUUGAUAAAUAAAUUGUAAUAAGAGAAAGAUUUUGAUAACAAAGAUGCUUCAUAAAUUUAAUAAUUUAAAAAAUAAAUAUAAUAAUAUUAAUAAAAUGAAGAAUAAUUUAAUAAGUAAAAAAAGUAAUUAUAAUUAUUAGAGUAUUAAAUUAAUAUAAAGACUAAAUUUAGAAAGCAAAUCAAAAUGAAAAAAAACUAAAAUAAUAACAAAAAGAAGAGUUAGACAAUUUUAGUGAUUAGAUAAUUAAAUUGAAAUGUUAAUUAGGAGAUCUAUUUAAUACAGCAUAUGAUAUUGGUGGUAAUAAACUUGUGGAUCGUUUAUAAUAAGCAGUUGGUUUAUCAUGA